UUUAAUAAUUUAGAGAUUAAAUUAAAGAAAGAUUAUCAUAUAGCGACCAGAUUGAUCUGUACUUACAAUUUCAUGCGAUAAAAGAGAAAGUACAAAACAAACAGAACCCUAACGCCUAACGGCUUUGUUUCGGUUCUCCGUUCUUACACACACAGGAAUCCCAUAUGCUUUUCAACUCUUAACCUUAUCUGCAUGUCAAUGGUAUCUAUCAUGGAAAGGGAACGAACACGGAAACGACCUCGUCUCGAAUGGGAUGUAGCUCCUCCUCCAUUUCCACAGGCACAGAGAACUUUCGCGGUGGUUGGUGAUGAAAAAAAGUAUGCAUCGCCUCCUAGAAGAAACGACGAUCGCGAUGGACAUUAUGUUUUCAAUCUCGGCGAAAAUCUCACUCCUAGAUAUAAAAUUCUCGGCAAAAUGGGUGAAGGCACUUUUGGUCGAGUUUUGGAAUGUUGGGAUCGUCAAACAAGAGAUUAUGUAGCUAUCAAGGUAAUUAGAAGCAUCCAGAAGUAUCGCGACGCAGCAAUGAUCGAGGUUGGUGUGCUGGAGCGUCUUGUGAAGAGUGAUGUGGGAUGCUCACGGUGUGUACAGAUCCAGAAAUGGUUUGAUUAUCGGAAUCACAUAUGCAUUGUCUUUGAGAAGCUUGGACCAAGCUUAUUUGAUUUUCUAAAGAGAAAUAAAUACUGCCCAUUCCCUGUGGAUCUUGUUCGUGAAUUUGGACGACAGCUUUUGGAAUCUGUAGCAUAUAUGCAUGAACUACGGCUAAUCCACACCGACCUGAAGCCAGAAAAUAUACUUCUUGUUUCUUCUGACUAUGUAAAGCUACCUAGUUGUAAGAGGGUUUUCUCAGAUGAAACACAAUUUAGGUGCUUGCCUAAGUCUAGUGCUAUUAAGCUGAUUGAUUUUGGUAGUACUGCAUCUGCAAAUCAGAGCCAUAGCUCCAUUGUUUCUACAAGGCAUUACAGAGCCCCUGAGGUUAUCUUAGGUGUAGGGUGGUCAACCCCGUGUGAUUUGUGGAGUGUUGGAUGUAUUCUCUUCGAAUUAUGCACGGGAGAAGCAUUGUUUCAGACACAUGAAAAUUUGGAGCACCUGGCAAUGAUGGAGAGAGUUUUGGGACCUCUACCGGAGCAUAUGAUUCAAAAGGCUAACAAGGGUGCAGAAAAAUAUUUCAAGCGUGGAUCACGACUAAGAUGGCCUGAAGGAGCUGUUUCAAGGGAGAGCAUUAAUGCAGUGAAGAGGCUUGGUCGUCUUAAGGACAUUAUAUCGCGUCAUGUAGAGUCCUCAAGAUCCUUGUUAAUUGAUUUGUUACAUGGCUUAUUGAUUUAUGAUCCUCCCAAACGUAUUACUGCUCGCCAAGCCCUUGAUCACCGCUUCUUUAGGAUUCCAACUUAAGAAGUUGAAUACCUUUUGUUGUGAAAUGACUCCGAUUUGAAUUGUUAUCAGUUGCACAGGCUACAACCCUGCUUUAAAUGGAUUUAUUUUUCAUUUAUUGCUAGUGGUUUAGUUGAGUUGAAAGUAUAUUCUUAUCAAGAUUAGUUUUAUUCAACAAAAACCGUAUUUGCGAUGGAUGUGUGUAUGAGAAUAUUCUACUGAACAUAAUUAAUUGAGAGAGGAAAUAUGCUGUGCUCGAGAAGGUGGAAAGUAAAAAAGGUAUCAAGAACAUUAUGCCAACAAUUUAGAAAGUAUUCAAAUGCUGAAUAUUUUGAUCAUUUAGAUGACACUCUGGUGAGCAAGGCUCUUCUGGGACAUUAUCAUUUGAAACACUAUUUUGAUCAUUUUCAAUUUGUGCCUAUGCCUAGUUUGGAUUGAUGCCCUGUUUACAAGUUUUCUUUGAAUAAAAAUAAGGCUGUGAUUCUUAUUAAAAAA